CUGAGUUGUAUAUUUGCUGCAUAUCGAUGGCGUCCGCUGAACUGUUUGAAGAUCCUUUUGAUCCAACUGAAUAUGUUGAAAGACUGGCAUGGAGAACACCCGGUGGUGGUACAAAAGGCGGAGCUCAAGGAUUCAACCCUCGACUCUUGUAUGAUGAAUUCGUGGCUCACAUCAAUGAACUGAAAAUACUUGAUGCUAGAAUUCAGCAAAAAGCUGAGAAGUUGGACGUUGCUCUUGAAAAAGAAUCGCGUUUACAUAAAGAUAGACUCAUGGAGUUGCAAAAGAAAAAUCAAGAGGCUUUUGGUCAGUUUCAGGCAUUGGAUGAUCGAAUUAAUUACGUUGCUACCAAAGUAGUUCAUCUCGGGGAUCAGUUAGAAGGUGUAAAUACACCUAGAGCACAUGCUGCAGAAGCUCACCAACUCAUGCAAUAUUUUGACGAGUUUUUGACCGGGAAACUCACAUCUGAAGUCCUGACAAACCAGUAUAGAGUGCGAGAGGCUGCUGAAAUUGUACAUAAGCUACAUCUUAUUGCGCAAGAAUUACCAUACGAUAGGUUCUCUGAAGUGAAAGGCAGAAUUGUUUCCAAGUACCAUCAAAUUGAAGAAGAAUUAAUUGAUGAGUUCAAGGAAGCUCACAGGAAUGGAGAAGUGAAAAAAAUGCAAGAACUUGCAUCUACGCUUUCUUUGUUUACAGGUUAUCAACACUGUAUUGAUGCAUUUAUAGAUGAAAAUAUAAAGAAUGCAUUCUACAACAAAAACGACAUAUUUAACGAAAUAUUAGACUUGUGUACAAAAGUCAGCAAGAUCAUUGCUGAAGUGUUUUCAUCACCAGAACAAGUUAUGGGCAAACUGUUGUCAAAAAUAUAUCAAAGCAAACUCAAGGAUCAAGUUGAAAAAAAGCUCAGUGAAAGUAGAACCACAGACCCUGAAAAGUAUUUACAAAAUCUCUAUACACUCUAUUCAAAAACUGUGGAAUUAUCUCAAAAGCUUUCUCAAUUUAAAUUGGGUUCAGAUUCUAAUUUUAUCACAAAAUUGACGAACGGCAUUUUCAAAAGUUAUCUCGACUCUUACAUUGAUGUUGAAAUAAAAUUUCUUAAGGAUAAAGCAAUGAUGAUAUCACAACGUUUCUAUGAUUCAAAAGAUCAUGUAAAAAAACCUGUCGCGGCUGUAUCUUCAUUAAAAGCCGUCAUUGCGGACAAAAGCAGAGGACAUAUUACAUUUGGAAUGAGUAGCAAUGUUCCUGAAAAUACCAGUGGAGAAACUUAUCUUUCACAGGAAUUGGCCAUCAAUCUGCUUCAAGAAACAAAAAUGGCUUUUGCAAGAUGCAGAGUUUUGUCAAGCUCAUCUGUUUUGAGCAAUAAUUCUGUUCAGAUCUUCAAUCUAUUGGUGGAAUAUUUAUGCGAUCAACACAUCGGAUAUGCUAUUGAAUUGUGUUUACAGGGCAUACCUACAGCUGAAUGCAAAGCUGAACCUAAUUUGUAUUUUUUUGAUGUCUCUCAACAAACAAACAUCAUUUUUCAUCUUUUUGAAAAACAGUUCAGCGACACUCUUCUGCCUUUAAUCAGUUCUUCUUCAAGAUACGGUGAAUGCAUUCAGAGAAAGAAACAAAUCCGUGAGCAAAUGGAAGUUAAACUUGAUUCUGGUAUUGAUCGCUGUCUUCAAGCUGCCAUAGGAUGGAUGAAAACUAUAUUUAAAACUGAACAGAAAAAGAAUGAUUAUUCGACUGAUAAACCACCUGAGCGUCAAUGUACGCAGGCAUGUAACACAGUAUGUGCGUAUUUCAGCAGAAUCAUGGAUUAUAUCAGGAAAUCUCUUGAUGGAAACAAUGUUGAAGCAGUUCUUGCAGAAUAUGGAAAAAGAUUUCAUCGCCUGCUUUUUGAACAUUUCCAGCUUUUCAGAUUCAGUUUUAUGGGGGGAAUGAUGGCAAUUUGCGAUAUUAAUGAAUACAGGAAAUGUGCAGAAAAGCUUUGUGUACCCUUCGUCACGAAUUUGUUCGAAAGUUUACAUUCCCUAUGUAAUCUAUUAGUAGUUGCCCCAGAAAAUUUGAGACAAGUUUGCACUGGUGAACAAUUGUCAAAUCUCGAUCGCACUGUUUUACAUUCAUUUAUUCAGCUUCGUUCAGAUUACCGCUCUGCAAAACUAGACAAGCUCUUUGCUAACUAAAUGAAUCGCUUUCUUUUGUUCUCAUGUAUAAAUAAUAUAGACUGUAUCAUUCUAUUGUUCAAAUUUAAUAUUACAAAUGUUAUAUUAUCCAGUACUGAGCUAAAUAAUAAAACUCAGAGUUUCUAUUAUCUAUGAUUAGAAUUUAUGUUGAAAUUUUAUCAUAUUCAACAACUUCUUACUUUCACAUAUUCCGAAUGAUUUGGACUAUUCUAAGGAUAAGUGCAGCGAAGGCUGAAAAGUGUUAACUUCCAUUUCCA